AUGACAACUGAAUAUCAACAAAUUCAGAAUGAAUCUAAUUCAAAUCAUUCUAUAAUAUCCCAAAGAAGGUUUACAAAUCUUCAGGAACAUAGAACUCCAAUUCCGUGGUAUUUAGAUGGUUGUAAAUUAAGCAAAAUUGUUAUUUUUAUCGUUAUAUUGUCUUGGACAAUAUUGGUUAUUUGGCAAGUAUUACAAUUAGGAUCUUCUAAAUCAAUUUCUUAUGAGAGUGCAAAUAUGAAAAUUGAUUAA